AUGCUAACUAACUUAAUUUCUUUGCCGACCCCUAACAUAAAUGUAGAACCAAGAUUCCAUUCCAGCAAUACAACCAGUCCCAUACCAAGUGCUAACACUUCAAGAAAACCUUCCCUUCGAUUCAAAUUACCGGAAGAUAAUCAUAUUAAUAAUACUCACCCACUCCCUCCUAUAAGUGAUCAACAACAACAAAUAUAUCAAUCUCAUUCUUCAUCCAAUUCAAGUUUUAUGGUUACUCCCCCACACACAUCCGAUAACUCGUACAUCAAUAAUAAUACUACAUCUCCAUUUUUAGAUAGUUCAACCACUAUUUUAGAAGAUGAAGUUUAUCAUCAAGCUAAUAAUAGUAAUGGUAGUCUUACAACUCCUCCUCCUUCUAGAAAGGAAACUGUCAUGAAAAGAAAUCGUUGGGGUACUACUAGAAAUAAAGAAGGGAGACCAAGUAGAGCAAGAACUUUAAGGAGAAUACUAAGAAAUGAUAGUAAUAACUCCAAAAAAUCAAAAUCUAAAAAUGAUAAUGACGAUAAUGAUGAUGAAAAUAGCUUGCAUAGUAUAGAUGUGACUCAUGAUUCUGUGGAUCAAGAUAAUUCAAGCUCAGAAGAAGUAGAUCCAACUAAUAGAAAAGCAGAAACAAGAGUUGUCGCUUUCAAUCAACCUUUACCAGAAGAAUUCGUCGAUGCAGAAACUGGUAAAACCAUAAAUAACUAUGCCAGAAAUAAAAUAAGAACUACAAAAUAUACUCCAUUAAGUUUCUUACCGAAAAAUAUAUUCAAUCAAUUCUUCCAUAAUGUGGCAAAUAUUUAUUUCCUUGCUUUAAUCAUUCUUGGUGCUUUUGGUAUCUUUGGUGUUCCAUCUCCAAUUUUAUCUGCGGUACCUUUAAUUGUUAUUGUCAUUAUAACAGCAUGUAAAGAUGCUAUAGAAGAUUCAAGAAGAACAGUAUCUGAUUUAGAAGUUAAUAAUCAAAUUACUCAUAUUUUAGUUCAAGAUGGUUUCGAUACUGAUUAUAAAUAUGAUAAUCUUAAUAAUGAUAAUGAAAAAGUAUCAACUUGGAGAAGAUUUAAAAAGUUUAAUACAAGACUUUUAAUUAAAAUAUGGGGAUCUUCCAAAGAAAAUUUAACUAAAAAAGGGAGAUUAGAAAAGAAAAGAAGAGAAGCCAAUGAAUCAUUAGAAUCUUUACCUGAUGGUAAUAAUAGAAAAUCAUUUGAUAGUGAUAUUGUGGAUUUCUCUCCAAGAAAUUCAUUGGAACAUAUUGGUACUCGUAAUACUGAUAAUAAUCCAUUCGCCGAAAAUACUGAAUCUCAAUUACGUAAAUCAUUCCAACAACAAAGAAGAGAAAGAUUAAGUCAAGAUACUCAACGUCAUCAUCAUCGUGAUAAAAUCUUAAAAUUUGCCAAAAAUUAUUGGAAAAAUGUUAAAGUAGGUGAUAUGGUAAGAAUUUAUAAUAAUGAUGAAAUACCGGCUGAUGUGGUAAUUUUAGCCACCAGUGAUGAAGAUAAUUGUUGUUAUGUCGAAACCAAGAAUUUAGAUGGUGAAACCAAUUUAAAAGUAAAACAAGCCUUAAAAUAUUCAUCUGUCGAAGAUCCAAUUAAAAAAGCUGAUGAUUUAAUAAAUCAUCAAUUCCUGAUUGAAAGUGAAGGUCCUCAUGUCAAUUUAUACUCAUAUCAAGGUAAUUUGAAGUAUGAUGAUUCUAAUAAUGAAGAACAACAAGAAUCAAUUACCAUUAAUAAUCUAUUAUUAAGAGGUUGUUUUUUAAGAAAUACAAAAUGGGUCAUUGGUAUAGUAGUAUUCACAGGUGACGAUACUAAAAUCAUGUUAAAUGCCGGUAUAACUCCAACCAAACAAUCUCGUAUAUCUCGUGAAUUGAAUUACUAUGUGUUAUUGAAUUUCGUCAUGUUAUUCGUUAUUUGUUUUGUGUCUGGUUUAAUAAAUGGUUUAUGGUAUACUCAUCAUCCAACUUCACGAGAUUAUUUUGAAUUCGGUACAGUAGCUGGAACACCAGCUUUAAAUGGGAUUGUGUCAUUCUUCGUGGCCCUUAUAUUAUAUCAAUCCUUAGUUCCAAUUUCCCUUUAUAUUACCAUUGAAAUUAUUAAGACUGCUCAAGCUUUCUUUAUCUAUUCUGAUAUCGGAAUGUACUAUGAAAGAUUAGAUUAUCCAUGUACUCCAAAAUCAUGGUCGAUUUCUGAUGAUUUAGGUCAAAUCGAAUAUGUUUUCAGUGAUAAGACUGGUACAUUAACUCAAAAUUUAAUGGAAUUCAAAAAAUGUACAAUCAACGGUGUAUCAUAUGGUAAAGCGUAUACUGAAGCUUUAGCUGGUUUAAGAAAGAGACAAGGUAUUGAUGUAGAACUGGAAGCAGCUAUUGAAAGAGAAAUAAUCGCUAAGGAUAAAGUCAAUAUGGUUGCUCUUUUGAACCAAAUUUCUCCAGCUUGUUUAAACUAUGAAGAUGAAUUAACAUUUAUUUCAUCUAAUUUUGUUAAUGAUAUAUUAGGUGAUGCAGGAGAUGUUCAAAAACAAAGCAAUGAACAUUUCAUGUUAGCUUUAGCUUUGUGUCAUUCUGUGUUAACUGAACCUGAUCCAAAAGAGCCUCUGAAAUUAAUAUUAAAAGCUCAAUCUCCUGAUGAAGCUGCUUUAGUUGGUACUGCCAGAUCUGUUGGUUAUAUGUUUAAAGGUGCAACCAAGAAAGGUUUAUUAGUUGAAAUUCAUGGUGUUACCAAGGAAUAUCAAAUUCUAAAUGCUUUAGAAUUCAAUUCUACUAGAAAGAGAAUGAGUGCUAUUAUUAAAAUUCCAGGUGAAAAACCUCAAGAUGAACCAAAAGCAUUAUUAAUUUGUAAAGGUGCUGAUUCUAUUAUCUAUGGUAGAUUAUCUAAGACUGACAAUGAUCCCCAAUUAUUAGAAACUACUUCUCAACAUUUAGAACAGUAUGCUACUGAAGGUUUAAGAACAUUAUGUAUUGCUCAACGUGAAUUAACUUGGAGUCAAUAUACUGAAUGGAAUAAACGUCAUCAGGCUGCUGCGUCAUCUAUUGAAAAUAGAGAAGCUAAAAUGGAAGUUGUGGCUGAUUCAAUUGAACGUGAAUUGAUCUUAUUAGGUGGUACUGCCAUUGAAGAUAGAUUACAAGAUGGUGUACCUGAUACUAUUUCAGUUUUAGCCCAAGCUGGUAUCAAAUUAUGGGUGUUAACAGGUGAUAAAGUUGAAACUGCUAUCAAUAUUGGAUUUUCAUGUAACUUAUUAGGAAAUGAUAUGGAAUUAUUAAUAUUAAAGACUUCAUUAAAUAACGAAGAAAUGGAAAAUAACGGGCUUGAACGAGAUGUUCAAUUGUCCGAAGGAAAAUUAAUAGAUUAUUUAUUAACUCGUUAUUUGUCGACUUAUUUUAAUAUGUCAGGUCUGAUUGAAGAAUUGGAAGCAGCGGAACUUGAUCAUUCACCACCAGAUGAAGGAUUUGGGGUUGUCAUUGAUGGUGAUGCUCUUAAAUUAGCUUUAUCUGAUGCUGAAACCAAAAGAAAGUUCUUAUUGUUAUGUAAACAAUGUAAAGCAGUUUUAUGUUGUCGUGUUUCACCUGCUCAAAAAGCUGCUGUGGUUAAAUUAGUUAAAGAUACUUUAGAUGUUAUGACCUUAGCUAUUGGUGAUGGAUCCAAUGAUGUGGCUAUGAUUCAAGCUGCAGAUGUUGGAGUUGGUAUUGCAGGUGAAGAAGGUAGACAAGCUGUUAUGUCAUCUGAUUAUGCUAUUGGACAAUUUAGAUUUUUGGGUAAAUUAUUAUUAGUUCAUGGUAGAUGGUCUUAUAAAAGAUUUAGUGAAAUGAUUCCAAGUUUCUUCUUUAAGAAUGUUAUUUUUAAUUAUGCAUUAUUCUGGUAUGGUAUUUAUAAUAAUUUUGAUGGAUCAUAUUUAUUUGAAUUCACCUAUUUAAUGUUUUAUAAUUUAGCAUUUACAUCAUUACCAGUUAUUUUCUUAGGUGUUUUUGAUCAAGAUGUUAGUGCUAAAGUCUCAUUAUUAGUACCACAAUUAUAUCGUACUGGUAUUUUAAGAUCAGAAUUUACUCAACUGAAAUUCUUUUGGUAUAUGGGUGAUGCUACUUAUCAAUCUAUUAUAUCAUUUUUCUUUCCAUAUUUGAUGUAUUAUCAAGGAUUCCCAUCAAGUAAUGGUUUACCUAUUGAUCAUAGAUAUUGGAUUGGUAUUGUUGUUACCUGUAUUGCAUGUAUUUCAUGUAAUUUAUACAUUUUAUUACAUCAAUAUAGAUGGGAUUGGUUAUCAAGUUUAAUUAUUGCAAUUUCUAUUUUAGUGAUUUAUGUUUGGACAGGACUUUGGACCACGACGACUUAUAGUCAAGAAUUUUAUAAAGCAGCUCCACAAAUGUUUGGUACAUUAUCAUUUUGGGUAUGUACCUUUAUUGGAGUUGUAACAUGUUUACUUCCAAGAUUUGUAUAUGAUUUCCUAAAAAGAGUUUAUUGGCCAAAAGAUGUUGAUAUUAUUCGUGAAUGUGUGCAACGAGGAGAUUUUGAUGCUUACCCUGAAAAUUAUGAUCCAACUGAUCCAAAUAGAAUUAAGAUUAGUAAUUAUAGUAAUGAAGUUGUUAAACGAAUGAGUAUGUCACCCAAUGCCAGAGUUAAAUCAGGUUCAAGUUUUACGAGUGAACAUGAUACUGAUGCUACAAUGGUUGGAAAUGGUAGUGGAGGAUCACCCAAAUUAACUUCUGCUCCAAGAACUCCAUCAAUCCCACCACCACCAUUACCAGUUUAUUCUAAUAAUACUACCCCAUUACAAAAUAGAAAAUCAUUUAUUGAUCUUUUUAAAAGAAAAAAUCAAGGUAUUUCAUCGACAUCAUUUUAUGAUAAUGAUGGAUCAUUAAUUGAUGAUUAUAGUAAUGCAAAUGCUCAAUUUCAAUCUACUGAUAGUUUAGGUAAUCAUUCUGUUCAAACUGAAGAAAUUGCCAUGGAAGAUUUUUCUAAUAAUCAACGAGUUGCAUCACAAAUAUCAAGUGAAGCCAGAAGGAUAUCACAACAAUAUUCAAUUCACUCACCAAGGGAUGUUUAA